AUGGCUUGCCGCCUUGCGGCUAUACCCUCGCUUGGGAAAGGCUUGGGAGUAAACCCAGUUAAAAAUCUAGCCAGGAUAGUUGGCUACGAGGAUAAAACUGCACCGCAGUUUCAUCCAAACUUCUGCGUCCACACUGGUCGCUCGGCGUGUCUCAACUCGUUGUGCCUGCUGAUACCGACCCCUGUGGAGGAGAGAGGUGACAAAGCAGCCCUAUUCAGGGAUGCACUGCUUUCUCCAACCGGAGAGGGAACUAAAAAAUCUGUCCUAAAAAAAGCUAGCCAGUAUGUUGCCGACCUUUGUCAUGAGCGUCGAUCUGCCAUUGUUGCGCGUGAACUUGCGCGUUAUGACAUCGAUGUUGCUGCGCUCAGCGAGACAAGAAUCUCUGCAGCAACACAGUUUGAGGAGAGAGGUGCUGGUUACACCUUCUUUUGCCAAGGUCAUCCUGCAGGUGAGGUGCGUACUGGUGGAGUGGGCUUUGCAAUUCGUAGCACACUCCUGAAAUCUGUACAUGAGGUACCUUAUGGUAUUUCACCACGCCUAAUGAGGAUGCAGCUCAACCUGGAGGGUGGUCACACUGCUACCUUGAUCAGCUGCUAUGCGCCAACGCUUGGAGCAACGUUUGAGGAGAAGAGCUUGUUUUAUGAGCAGCUCGACCACAUCUUGUGGCCAAAAGUGCUUGGACGAAAUGGAGUUGGUAGGGAAAAUUCAAAUGGAACCAUGCUCCUCGAAUUUUGUACAGAGCACAAUCUUGUGGUGACAAAUACAGUCUUCCAACAGGCUGACAGGAAGAAGACUAGCUGGAAACAUCCACGUUCAGGACACUGGCAUCUCAUCGACUACAUACUUAUCAGACAACGCGAUCUUCGUCUCGCUCGUCUAACUACAGCGGUGCGAGCAUCAACAAUGUGGUCAGAUCAUCGCCUCAUCAAGAUGUCGGUGUUUCUUACUGUUAAACCAGUCAGAAGGCAUCACAAAACUGUAAGGAAAGCCAAUCUGGAUGUGACUCGGCUAACAGAACCCUGUUUAUUCGUCUGGUGUCACAUGUUUUGA